ACCAGUGUUCACUGAAAAUGUAAUCAUUAAAUUCCUUUCACCUCUUAUCAUUUUUUCAGGACUCUUGGAAGUUGCCUUGAUGAAAAAGCCUUAUGUUACACUUUGGAAGUAUCAUUCUUCAGCUACAUGAAUCUAUCAACUGGAACAGCACAACCUUAUACAGAACAAGGAUAUAUGAAACUGGGUCGCAACUUGGCAAGGACAUUCCUCGAUUAUUACAAACUCUCUGGACACAUCACAGAUAAGCCUUGCCCGAACCUUCUCCUCCUCCCUAAAGCAGCUUCAAAUCCUAGCUUUGUCAACCGAGAGAGGGAAAAAGAUAAGGAAAAGCUGGUUGAGAAUCACAGUGAAGCCUGGUUGUUUGAUGAUCAUUUCUCCACGCAUGGAUUCCAAUAACACAGAAUUGGGAAGAAGAACAAAAAGAAAACAAAGAAAAAGAAAGAAGUAGAAGAAGAAUUCUUUGAUAUACAAACAUAAAUGACAUUCAGAAUUGAUUUGAUUUGAUGAUUAAUGGCAAGAAAUGAAAGAAAAUAAGAAAAAAAAAAUCACCAAAAUUAAACACAUAUAAAUAAAUAAUAAUGAUUUCUUUUAUUGGCCACAAGGGCCGAAGACAGAGAACAGUACAAUAAAACUAAUAAUAAUAGUAAUAAUAACAGUAAAAGACGACUAAUAACAAC